AUGCACAGCAGCAUCAUCAUCCUGGCGCUGAGCAGUUUGCUGCUCUUGCCAGCGCUGGAGGCCAGUCCCGUUUUUGUGGAUAAUCCGAGCUUAGCGCAGUUUCAAUCCGGUCGCAACAUACGCCACCUGCCUUGCAUAGUGCGCAAAUCGGGACGUUCGGGUGUCUGCAUGUUUGCCAUCGAUUGCAUCAAGCAGAAUGGCACGCAUUUGGGUACCUGCAUCGAUCGCUUCUACUUCGGCUCGUGUUGUGCUCUGAAGGAGGAGGCUUCGCUGUUUGCGCCGGAGAUAAGCGACAAUAGCAUCGAUCAGAAUACAAUUUCACAUUUCUCUCACGAAUCCACGACGUUGCCUACGAGCGCACUGUUUAAGCUUACCACUGAGAGCAGCACCACGCACCACCAUAAUUAUCAACAGCAGCAGCAGCAGCAACAAAACACAGCCAACGAGCUGCUCAAAAAUGUAACUCAGAGUUAUUUGAGCAGCCUUAAGCCAGUGCGCACCACAAGCACCGGCGGCAGCAGCAGCACCACCAGCAAUGACAGUACUUCAGGCAGCAGUACGACCCAUUCAUCCAGCUCCACGCGUCGCCCCAGCACUGCGCACACCACUCACAAGAACUCACACUUUGUGGUGCGCACCACAGUAAAGCCCAACGUAGACGCAAAGCAAACAACCACCGUUAAGCCACAUCGUCGUCGCACCACCACAACGCGUCCAGUGUUAACCACCGGGCCAGCUUAUGAGCAGCGUAUAGAAACCACCACAGUGCCGAGCAAGUUUGUCACCUUUCAGAUUGUGGAGACAACCACGCCAACCACCACUGAACCCACCAAUCGCUUGCCCGAAACAACCACCAGACGGUAUACCAGGCCCACCGGUAGCAGUAGUAGCAGCAGCUCCCCAGCUGCCAAAACAACAAGCAGAACAACAACCACCAGAGCACCAACAACAACCGCAACACCAACGACGACAUCGACGACGACGACAACAACAUCGCGUCCAACACCACCGUUGCGGACGACAACGCCAAAACCACACAAGCCGCAAUCUAGCAGGCGUCCAGCGCCAGCCAAGAAACCAGUAACAACAACAUCCACCGCAAACACUACAACAACAGCAACUCGUAAGCCAAUCGACAGCACCAGCAGCAGCAGCAGCAAUACAGCAACAACUUUGCCCGUUCGCAAGCCAGCUAACAGCACCACCAGCAGCACCUUAACAACAACCACAUCAGGCACUCAGAGCCAUAAGACUGCAGCAUCAACAACAACCACCAAACUGCCAGAAAGAACAACGUUGGCGCCCAGGCCAAAACCACAGCCAACGGGUGAGAUAGUCAAGGUGCCCGCGUUGCUGGCAGAUGUGAUACCGACAACAGCCACGCGCAGACCAACGACAACCAGCAAUAGUAGCAGCAGCAGCCAUACAACAACAACAGCAGCGCCUAAAAAGCAACCCAGCACCAGCAGCAGCAGCAGCAGCAGUAGCAGCAGCAGCAGUAGCAGCAGCAGCACAACAACAACUGCAACAAGUACGCCCAAGCCCACGCGCCGACAUACAACAAAAACAACAACAAGCACCACAGCAGCCCCAACCACCUCCACAAAAAGACCAACAACAACAACAACAACAACCGCUGCACCGUUGCUUACAACCGAAGCGCCCAAAUUGCCAGCAAAACCAACAGCAACACCUGGAACAACGGCAACAGCAGCAACAACAAGUGGUGUUAGCACCACCAAAAAACCAGGCUUGAUCACCUGGACAGAUGUUGAAGCGGAGCCCAUUACGAAUGCGACCAUUAGCAGCGAUUGGCAGCCAGGGCAAUCAGCCGGAGAUUGGGUGCCAUUGCCCACUUUGUUGCCCGAGUUGUACAACAACAAAACGACAGGCAAUGCAGAGAAAGAUACAAGCACUGGCACAGCAACGCCCAGCGCCACAGACAAGGUGGUUAUCUCGGUGGCCACCAGCGUCAGCACCAGCAGCAGUGGCAGCGACUCGAAGCCGGGUCAGAGUCAAAUUCAUGAGGAGACAAUGGUAACUAGCAAGCCGCAUAGAACCACAAAGCCGCCCAAGACAACAGCAACUACGCCAGCAACGGCGACAACAACAACAACAGCAGCAACAACCACAGCAAGAACAACUGUAACAAGCAAAACCACAGAGGCACCACCAACAAAACCAACAGCAGCCCCAACAACAACAACGACAAAAACAACAACAACCUCAACAACUGAACGCCUGGAAUUAGCAUCCUCAACGUCGUCUUACAUAGAUUCAAGCAGCGAGUCAAGCGGCAGCAGCACCACAACGGACUACAGCGGUGAAGAGCCGAAUACAACGACAAUCGAUGCAGCUGGCAAUACAACCGUAGCGCCUGCCACUGGCUUGGAGGGCGUCGAUUACAGGGAAGUCUGCGGCCGUCGCAUGUUCCCCGAGCCGCGCAUUGUUGGCGGCGCAAACGCCGCCUUUGGCCGCUGGCCAUGGCAGAUAUCCCUGCGCCAAUGGCGCACCUCAACCUAUCUGCACAAGUGCGGCGCAGCGCUGCUCAACGAGAACUGGGCAAUCACCGCAGCACAUUGUGUUGACAAUGUACCACCCUCUGAUCUGCUAUUACGUCUGGGCGAAUACGAUUUGGCUGAGGAAGAGGAGCCCUAUGGCUUCCAGGAGCGACGUGUGCAAAUUGUUGCCUCCCAUCCACAGUUCGAUCCGCGCACCUUCGAAUACGACUUGGCCCUGCUCAGAUUCUAUGAGCCCGUAGUAUUCCAGCCGAAUAUCAUACCCGUCUGUGUGCCCGAUAAUGAUGAGAACUUUAUUGGACAAACGGCCUUUGUCACCGGCUGGGGACGCCUGUACGAGGAUGGCCCACUGCCAAGCGUGCUGCAGGAGGUCGCUGUGCCUGUCAUCAACAACACCAUCUGUGAGUCCAUGUACCGCUCAGCGGGUUACAUUGAGCACAUACCGCACAUAUUCAUCUGUGCCGGCUGGAAGAAGGGCGGAUACGAUUCCUGUGAAGGUGAUUCGGGUGGCCCCAUGGUGUUGCAGCGCGAGUCGGAUAAACGCUUUCAACUGGGCGGCGUCAUCUCGUGGGGCAUCGGCUGUGCGGAGGCCAAUCAGCCGGGCGUUUAUACGCGCAUCUCUGAGUUCCGAGACUGGAUCAAUCAGAUUCUACAAUUUUAG